AUGGUCAGCAAGCGUAAGAGAGUCCUCGAGGACUUCGACCCUAAUCAGUCCGACCCCGAAGACGAAAACUUCAACCCUGCCGAAGCUGGACCACCCCGGAAGACCACGAAGAAGGUCAGCCGUUCUCGCAGCGGAAGGCCGAGUCGCCGACACCGAGAUGGAUAUGGAGGAUCGGACAUCGAUGAUGAUGACGAUGAAGUGUCCGAUAGCGACGAACAAGACUUCCUCGAAGAAGACGACGACGAAGAGGACGAGGAGAAAGCCCCCGUCAACGCUGCCGGUCGUCGCGCCAGAAAAGCUGCCACCAAACAUGCCAGCUAUCUAGAAAGCAGCCCUGACUCAUCAGUCGCCGGCGACUUGUCUGACAAGGCUGAUAACGACGAUAUCAAGGCCGACGCAGAUGACGAAGACAUCAAAGAAGAUGACGCCGAGGGCGAACCAGUCGAUGAGCCUGUCAGGUCAACUAGGUCGAGAGUUGUCAAACUGAAGCUCACCAGCAAGACGCUGCCUGCCCCUCGUAGGACUACUCGGGCUCACACAGAAGAUGCUGAGGAAUUUCUCGAGCUUUCCAAUUCCGGAAAGCACGCUGUUCCAUCACGGGAUUCACGAAGUAGAAGUCCAGAGACGUUCGCACGUGCUACGAGAGCCACCCGUGGUUUCAAGGGCCUUAAAAGCGCUCCCGAGACGAUUCAAGAAGCUACACAGGAGAGCAGCUUUAAGGAAGUUGCAGACCUUGAUGAGCCGGAUGAACUGUCCCAAGACAUCGAGGAUGUUCAAAAGAAAGAGGUUGUCGACGAGGAUAUGCAAGACGCUGCCGAUGUAGAUGCACCCGGGGAAGAUGCACCUGUGCAAACGGUCGAAGAGGAUGACGACGAGGACGAUGUCCCCAUCACCCGCAGAACCCGAGGAUCUCGCGCCGUCGCUUCUGCACAACCAGAAGAAGUCGAAUCCGAUGCCAACCCCAGAAAGUCACGCCGUCUGACACGCAAAUCGAGCAAGAAAUCUCAAGAACAUAGUAGUGAUUUUGACCCCGGCGACGAUUCCGACCAUUCAGAGGCUUCUGGUGGAGAGAAGGCUCGCCCUCAGGAGGUUGAGGAUGUCGAUAGCCCGGUCCCCCGUGGCAGACGAUCCCGACCCGCCAGAUCUCGCCGAGGCGGAGACUCUGGAGACGAGGAGCCCGAAUUCGAUCUGGACGAACUAAACGAAGAGGCUCGCGAGCUUAGGCAGGAUUCGCGCUCUCGUCGACGUCGUCCAAGGAAAGAGUCACCCAUCGUCUACCAAGAAAACACCCGACGAGCUAGAACACGCGUUAACUACUACAUGCCUCCUCUUACAUCCGCCAACAUCGAAGAGGAAGAGGCCGAGGCUCCCACAACACAGUCUCGUGCACGACGAGGACGUGGAGGCGCGAGCCAAGGUUGGGAACGCAGUCUCAACACUACAUUCGGACCCUUUGGAGGCGGCGGUGCCGGUGCCCUUCUUAACGGGCCUUGGGGUACUGGCGCAGCAGGCGGCGUGGAUUCGGACAGCAGUGACGACGAGAUGGUCCACCGCUCUAGUGUAGUUGGUAACGUCGGCAUGACACCAACGUCUGCGGCUCCCGGUGGUUUGCUUCCUGGUGUGCCCGGCCAUAACCUAGAGGGUGCUGGCGCAGCACCAAAUGUCGGAAAGAUUAAGGACCGCAAAGCUCUGGCGGACGCUGACCCUCUUGGUGUUGACCUGAACGUAGACUUCAGCAAGGUUGGUGGGUUGGAGGGCCACAUUGACCAGUUGAAGGAGAUGGUUCAGCUGCCUCUGCUCUACCCCGAACUCUUCACUCGAUUCCAUGUCACCCCGCCACGUGGUGUUUUGUUCCAUGGUCCUCCCGGAACAGGCAAAACACUGCUCGCUCGUGCUUUGGCCAACUCGGUUGGCUCUGGUGGCCGGAAGAUCUCGUUCUACAUGCGUAAGGGUGCCGAUGCCCUGAGCAAGUGGGUGGGCGAAGCAGAGAAACAGCUUCGCUUGCUGUUCGAAGAGGCGCGAAGAACUCAACCAAGUAUCAUUUUCUUCGAUGAGAUUGAUGGACUUGCUCCGGUCCGAUCGAGCAAGCAAGAGCAGAUUCAUGCUUCCAUUGUAUCAACACUUUUGGCUUUGAUGGAUGGCAUGGACGGUCGUGGUCAGGUUAUUGUCAUCGGAGCCACCAAUCGCCCAGACAACAUUGAUCCUGCUCUUCGUCGACCCGGUCGAUUUGACCGAGAGUUCUACUUCCCCUUACCUGAUAUCGAAGGACGAAAGGCUAUCCUCGACAUCCACACAGCAGACUGGGGGCUUUCAGACCUAUUCAAAGACUCCUUGGCUGAGAACACAAAAGGCUAUGGUGGUGCUGAUUUGAGAGCUCUGUGCACAGAAGCUUCUCUCAACGCCAUCCAACGAACGUACCCUCAGAUCUACGCCUCCACAGAAAAGCUGGUGGUUGACCCUGAAAAGAUCAAUGUUCAUGCAACCGAUUUCAUGCUGUCAAUCAAGAAGCUCAUUCCCUCGUCUGAGCGAUCAGCGACAUCAGGCGCCAAACCUCUCCCUAAGUCGAUAAAACCGCUCCUACAAAAGCAACUUGCAGAAGCCAAGAUGGCUCUUGAUGGUCUUUUGCCACGCAAGAAGAAACUGACUGCUCUCCAAGAAGCUAUGUACGAGCAGUUUGAUGAUGAGGAUCAUGGGUUUGGCAGAGAAGCCAUGCAGCAAGAAUUUGAGCGAUCUCGCAUAUUCCGUCCUCGCUUCAUCAUCUAUGGCGCUGGCGGAAUGGGCCACAGCUACAUUGCUUCUGCUAUCCUUCACUAUUUCGAAGGCGUUCACGUCCAGAACUUUGAUCUUCCAAGCAUUCUGGCUGAUGGAAGGUCUAUGGAACAAGUUAUUGUAGGCCUUUUCACAGAGGUCAGACGACACAAACCUAGCGUUAUCUAUAUUCCCAACAUGGAAGCUUGGUAUAUGGCGUUGCGGGAUACCCUUGCUUUCACGACGUUCAAGACUAUGCUACGAUCAAUUCCUCCUACGGAUCCAGUGCUCCUUUUGGCUACGGCAGAGGGCGAGAGAAAUGAACUUCCCAACGACCUCUUCCGCGACCUUUUUGGAUUUUCAAGAAAGAAUCAAAUGGUGAUCGCGAAACCUGAUGAACUCUCCCGUAUGGAAUACUUUAGCAUGACAUCACAGUACGCCAAGAAGAAACCGCGCGACUUUCCUGACCCUGAGAACCGCAAGAAGAGAGUGCUCGAGGAGCUUCCUGUUGCACCUCCAGUCGUGCCCCCUCCUCCCACCAAGGCCGACAUCAAGGCCGCGCAGAAGAAGGACCACCAACUUCUCAAUACCCUCAAGAUUUCGCUCCAGCCCAUCAUGGAUCAGAUCAACAGGAGGUACAAGAAGUUCAGACAACCUGUCAUUCCUCCGGCUCAGAUCGAGUAUCUGUUCAUCGAAUCAGAUCCGAACUACGUACGACCAGAUGUUGCAGCUGACCGACCAUACGAGAUUGUCAAGGACAAGUAUGACAAUGAUGUCCUUAGAGAUACCGUAAGCGGCAAGUGUUAUUAUAACCUCGAGACUACUACUAUUGAGGAGCGCUUGUCAAACGGUUUCUAUGCCCGGCCAAAGGAUUUCCUUUUCGAUAUUAAGGCUCUCGCAAAGGAUGCCAAGAAUAUCGGAGACAAGGAACGAACUCUCAAAGCCAACGAGCUUCUCAGCAACGUUGAGGUUGAUGUCGCUAGUAUUGAGAUGCAAACUGCUCAAGUUGACUGGGAAGCCCUAUACCAACGCCAAAUUCAACGGGCCAAGGCAGCCACCGAGAAAGAGAGGAAGAGAAAGGCGAUGCAAUCGCUUGUGGACCGUGUACAGUCUGACCUGGGCGGCAAUGACAGCGAUUCUCAGGGUCCUGUUACUCUGGGAGAGGCUGUGCCGGGUUCAAGGACCAUGGCCAGAUUCCAAGUGAGAAGCCCACUGUCUAAUGGCCAUGGUGCCUCAGGUCAAGAUUCGCACCCCUUGAGCAAUGGCUUCACUGGCCCUGAAGAUGUUGAGAUGAGUGGCUUCGACAAUACUCAGGCUAUUUCUGAGAUGGGACCUCCACCAAAGUCCCAAGAUCAGACCAGUGCAGCACAUACGGGGAUGACACAGAUCUCUCAGAAGUCAGUAGUGACAACUCUUCCACCAGGAGUUUCGCCAUCAGCUGUUAUCAACGAGGCCUCAACGACCAAAACCUCAGAUCCUUCAACUCACCACUCAUCAAACUUUAGCCAGUUGACGAAUGGGGGCCAUGUUGAGAACCGAGGCAUGGAGGACGAUAGCCAGGGCGAUAUCCCAGACACCCUACUUGUAGCGGGACACAACACCUCUGGGGAAGACUCUUGGCUGCACUCCCAGGCUCAGGCCGCGGCAGGGGGCAACCUCAUGCCAGGAUCUCAUAAUUCGGGCAGCCCGUCGUCGCAGCGAACAUCAUCACAGUUCAAGGCUCAAAGUGUAGGCGGUAUGGCAAACAUACUCAAUGAGCACAACUCUGAUGAGCACCCCUCUGUCCGCAACUCAGGCUCGUCCACGUCUGCUUCACAACCGCUCACAGCAGGCGAGGUGGAGGGCUUUUUGCAGACCGUGACAGAACAGACAAGAGGCUGCACUAUUGAGCAACUCGAGCAGAUCAACCGCGAGCUCAUGGACGAGAUUUGGCGCACAAGAAACGAGUGGAACCGCAGCAGAGUCAUAGACCAGAUGUUUGAAGUAUUCAACAAAACGAUGGAGGACAUCGAAACGCUCCAAGGAAUGGAGCAACCUAGUCAGAUGCGCAACUAUUAG